AUGCGGUCAUCAGUAACGACGCGGGCAGGCAGCGCAACAUUUACUGCCACGUCUCACCGCAGUUUUACCGACAAAGCUGGAGGGGGCCCCAGCAGCGGUUCUUUCGGACUCCUCCGGGAGCAAGAACGCAGAAGCUCGGAGCUCACAGCUGAGAGCGUGGUCAUCUUCGGCAACGGUAUAUUCCAAGGGCUCCUGGUGGCGUUCGCACAGGUAGCCAUGUUUGUGUCCCACACUCUGAUCACGGUCCAGGCGGUGACUGCAAAGUCAUUACAGUACUGGUGCCGGCCCCCGACCGACUACUCGUACAUGUCCACGGCGCAGUGGUUCAACUCCAGCAUUCUGCAGCGGCGCGACGGCAGCUAUAGCCACUACUCGCACUACGAGCGGCCCCGAUUACCGGGUUCCAUGUCUAGACCCACCGAGGUGCCCUGCAAACACUGGAACUACAACAUGACCUCAAAUGGCCACACCGUAGUUGAAGAGUGGAACUUGGUCUGCGAUCGCACCUGGCUCUUAGCGCUCGCCCGUGCCAUCUUCAUGUGCGGGAGAGUCGUGUGCGUGCCUCUCAUGGGGCUCGCCUGUGACAGGUACGGUCAGCGACCUGUGCUGCACGCGUCGGUGGCCGUACUCUACUGCUCCUGCGUGGCUCAGUGCUUCACCUCAACACUGGGCACUUACGUCGGGCUAGGCUUCUUGCAGUCAGCGUCCUCAAGUGUCCUGGAGCUCACCACUAGCAUCCUGCUGUUCGAGUCAACGCCUAUCCGUAAAGGGGAGGAGUUUGUCGCACUCGCGGCGAGCGUCCCGGUGGUGCUCGCUCCAGUCUACUAUACAGCGGGGGCCUCGUUAGCGGGCUACUGGAGAAUCCUGCACCUGGCCCUGGUGGCGCCGUUAUUGUUACUAAUCGUUGUAUACCUGGCUGGGGAGUCCCUGGACUGGCUCAUCGCCAGCGGCAAGUUCGAAGACGCCGAGUGGGCCGCACUGUGUGCAGGAGCACUGAACCACGAGGAGCCUGAGGUUGUUAAACGGAGCCGGGGCUACGUGUAUUUCAUCACUUUCGGCUGUUGGUUCACCAUGCACGUCGGCUACUUCAGCCUUCCGGUUGAUCAAGUCGGCCGGCAGCUUCAAGAGCUCACGUGGACCGCACUGUCCCUCAACAUGCUCGCAAUGUCGUCAACGUAUUUCAUCACUAAGAGCUGCGGUUACCGUGCCCCGCUCGUCGUGCUGUCGCACUGGUGCGCAGCUACGGUGGCAGCACAAUUAGUUAUGACCGGCUACGGUCUGAUGGUUCCAUUGGCGUGGGCAUUCACCCUGUCAUACUUGAUCUUCAACUUGUCCUACGUCUUCCUUUGCAUCCAUACCGUGGAAAUUUUCCACACGCGAAUGAGGAGCAUGGGCUUUUCUUUCGCCUUCGUGUGCGGCUCCCUGGGCGCUGUGAUGGGGGCACUCGUGAAGCACAUGGAAAGGCAAGACCUGUGCCGGUGA